AUCUAGUCGAUACAUUCCUUGCAUUCGGACCUCCACGCAUAUGCCGAUGCGACGUGAGCAGGUCGAGGCUGAUGAAGACGCGACGCGUCGUGGUCACGUGGGACGCGCCAGUGACGCGAAGGAGCGUGUGACCGUUGAUGCACAAUCAACAAGCGCGACGGACACGCGCGCGUUGUGGACCCACGUCAUCGCCCUUGGCGAAUACCUAGAUGCAGAUUUUGACCCCUCAACGCUCACCGUCACGCAAUUGCUCGGUGUCUUUGGAUUUCACAACAUCAAGUACCCCACGCCCUAUACGAAGCCGAAGCUCAUCCAGCUGUUCAACGACGAGAUCAAGCCCAAGACCGGAAAACUGAAGAAGGAGAGGCUGAAGCGGGAGAACAGCACUGCUAGCGACGACGGGAUCAAGGACGGUAUCACUGGAAAGCAGAUAGGGGAUGAGAAGAAGUCUCUUCGGAGGUCGUCCAGGCGAAGCUCUCGGGCGCCGUCUCAAGAGGCAGAGUCCACGUUGACAGUACCGGAGCCGCCUAAACGCCGCCGGUCAUCCGCUCAGCCCAAUCUUGGUGGACCAUCGAAGCGAACGAUGUAUCCAUCGGAGACCGCUUUGAUAGAAGAAAGUGAACCUGAAGAGGAGGUAGCAGUGCGCAAAGUCAGCAGAGGCAAAAAGACCACCGAAGACGCUGGCACACGAGCCCGCCGCGUCUCUCAGGCAUUUGCAGAAGAUAGCGGAUGGGAAGACAACAACAUCUUCCAGUCUGGCGCUGAAUCGUCUUCUCCCGUGCGCCCGUCGCCCGUCAAGCCCCGCGCUCGGAAGAGCACUGCACCAAAACCUGUCGCUCCCCGGAAAUCCAGCCGCAAGGCGACGUCCGCGCCGCCGGAGAUGCUGCCAUCCUCAUCUCCCCCACGAGAAUUCGAAGGUGACGCCCCAGUUAUUCACGUUUCUCCUCCCCGAGCGCCAAAGUUCGAACCGCGUUUGCCGCCGGACAUCUUCCGAGGCAGCUCACCCGCGGUCGGGACACCUGCGCGGCGGAACGUGUUCGCGCUACCCUUUCCUUCACCCAGCCCGCUGCGGCGCCAGGAGGUGAAGGUGCAACCGCAAGAGUCGCAAGAAACGCAAGAGGAACUCCCAGAGGAGGUCGCGUUCGAUGGCGAUGGCGGCGGCGGCGAUUUCAGCCCCGAAGAGGAGCUCGAAGAACCGGAGGAGUCGAAACAGACCAAUGCCAUUUCCCGCAUCAUCGCCGAGGGCGGCACUGUCGUGCGUCGACCGGAGUCGAGUUCCGGGGGGUUCCCCGUCUUCCGUCUGCUGUUCCUCCUGUUCGCCGUUUUGCCCAGCGCUUGGUUCGGCUUGCUCCCGUACAAAGCGGACUCGGCGUCCAUCGGGUACUGCGAUGCGGGAAAGGCCACCAACGACGCUCUAGAAGGUUUCCGCGCCAAACGCGCCGCCAUCGAGGCAUGCAAUCGAGAAAAUAGGACCACGUUGUAUGUUUUACCCGCGGCUGCCGCUUCCGGCGUGCCAGAUGAGACCAGAGAGCAAGAGCGGGACGAGCCCGAGUGCCCUUACCCGCCGUUGAUGCCCGCACCUGACAGUUGCACCCCUUGCCCGGAGCAUGCGACGUGCACGGCGCACAGCGUUGAAUGCAACAGUGGUUACAUCGUUCGCCUUCACCCGUUGCUUUCCCUGCUCCCCAUCCCCGUUACCAACUCGACACCGGUGAGUCAAGAUAAGAUAUCCGCUCCGGUCAAGGCCAUCCUCGAUGCCGUCUCGGUUGGCCUGGACGGCAUGCCGGGAAUGGGUUCCGUAGCGCUACCACCUCGAUGUGUGGUGGACCCGCGGCGGAGGCGACAUAUCGGAGUGUUGGGCAAGGCGAUCGAAUCCGCUCUUGGGCAAGAGCGAGGCCGCAGAUUGUGCGCCGGUGAUCCGCCUCUCGUCAAGGAGAAAGACGGUGGCGAGGCAAGGCGAUGGGGGAUCGAGGUUGCCAAGUUGAAGGAACGGACGAAGAGAAACAUCUCGCCGGCGAGCAUGCACAGUUACGAUGCGAACUUCAACGACGCGAUGAAACAGCUCACCGCGUGGGGCGGCGUCUUCACUUCCAAGGACACAGAAGGGAACGAGUACAUCGCGCACAGGACGCCAGAUCUCGACGUCGCGUGUAAACUCACCGUCAAGUCGCGCGAGCUUUGGCAGCUAUGGAAGCUGCACAUCGGAUCGAUCCUGCUGGCGAUUGCCGCGUACAAGUACGCGAGGCGGAGCCGCGCGCAGCGGUGGGUGGAAGACAAGCGGGUCGCGGCGCUGGUGCAGGUCGCGCUGGACAUGCUGCGGAACCAGGAGAUGGCGCAUCACACGGAUCCGAUCAGCGCGCCGUACGCGUAUCUGUCGUCGCUGCAGCUGCGGGACCUGGUCAUGCAGGACGAGCACUCGGUCGGCGCGCGGCGGCGGCUGUGGGACCGCGUCGAGCGCGUGGUCGAGGGCAACGCGAACGUGCGGGUGAACCUGGAGGAGGUCGAGGGCGGGGACGAGCUGCGCGUGUGGCGGUGGGUGGGCGGGGCGGGGCGGAAGAGGGUGCAAUUCGAGGAACGGGGGCCCGAGGGCAGGAUCGUGGCGUGA